AUGUCGUUGCAGGAUGUUUCGAUUUCCACCGAGACGGUUCGAAUUCUCCAUUUGCCACCACCCAACCACAUGGACGGAAGCAUGACACCAGCGCCGACGCCGGGCGGCACCGCCGGCGAGUACGGCUCUUCUGCAGCCAUGCUGAAGGACCCUGAAAUCAAAUACAUCUGCGGGGACUGCGGCAUUGUCAAUUACCUUGCCGCCCGUGACCCCAUUCGAUGCCGUGCGUGCGGGUACCGCAUCAUGUACAAGGCGCGCACCAAGCGGCUGAUCCAAUUUGAAGCCAGAUAAACACCAGCCACGAUCCUUACCUAACUCAAUCCACCUAUAUGCCAUGACUACAUGUGUUUCAAGUGAAAUCGAAGGAGCUAGCUCGCAUCCCUUAUCGACACUCAUACAACCCACACCCCAAGACAGACACGCGAAUGAAAAGCAUGCAAUGCAUAGAGCGUUGUUAUCCUCUUUUAAUUCAACUCUUGCAAUGUCGCGAGUGCCGUGGACGACGGGAACACGCGCGUGGCGCGCCAGUGGACGUCGUUGGCUUCCUUGUGCAGACCGCGUUCGCGGUAGAAUUGCACGUACUCAA